CUGUUCUUGCUUUCGGCUGUGCCGAACACUAUCGCUGUUCUCCGUUGUAUAGAGACAAUCCCUGCCUUUGUGCUCGUUGACGACCUAUAAGUAUACGCUUUCGCGUGCGAUACCUUCGAACGGCGGCACCAUUCACCAAUCCCAUUCACAUUCCCAUACAACAUGCAUCUCCCCACAUAUCUCAUCCUCCUUGCUCUUGCGCAAGCAUACCCAGCUGAGGCCGCCCACUCCAACAUCUUCAGGCGCGCAACGGAAAGCUUCCACAAGGUCGCACUGAAACAUAGCGCUGGCCUUGCACGCGACCUUCGAAUCGCGUUUGGUGGCCUUCUCGUCGACAAACGUUCUGACCAUCGUCUGGUUGCACGAUCUAGUACUGGUCAACAGCAAUGCGUCGUGAGUCUGCAGGGGGAGUCAGACGGCUCGGGCUCCGGUCUGGGUGCAAACGCUACCAGCGCUACGAGUGGACAUGCUAGCGCAACAGCGAGCGCGGUUCCUUCUACGGCCACGAAGACAGGGUCUAGCGCUACGCCUUCAUCGACGUCGGCUUGGAAGGUCGCACAGAACUGGGAAGGAGACAAUUUCUUUUCGGGCUGGGAUUUCUGGACCUUGGCAGAUCCCACGAAUGGAAAUGUCAACUACCUGAGCGGAAGUGCUGCUGCUUCGGGCAACUUGACGGGGAUCAACAGUGCGGGAAAUGCCUACAUGCGUGUCGACACUACGGACACUGUUACAACGAACCGUAACUCAGUUCGGAUCACGACCGAGUUCUCAUUUGACCAGGGAUUGAUGAUCAUGGAUGCCGUUCAUAUGCCCACUGGAUGUGGCACCUGGCCAGCUUUCUGGACGAACGGUCCAAACUGGCCUGCAGGUGGUGAGAUUGACAUCGUCGAGGGCGUGAAUGACUAUACGAACAACCAAGCCACGAUCCACACCAACCCAGGUUGCAACCUACCCUCGUCGUCGUCCUCUACGCUCGGGAUCACGGGCACCAUCGUGGGCGGCACGAACUGCGCCGCUGCGGAGACAGGUAACCAAGGGUGUGGUGUUCGUGCGGUUGAGACUAACUCCUUCGGUGCUGCCUUCAACGAUGCCGGUGGAGGAGUUUACGCCAUGAAGCUCGAUUCGUCCGGCGUCUCUGUCUACUUCUGGACUCGCUCCGCCAUUCCCUCCGACAUCACCUCAGGCUCGCCGGACCCCGACUCUUGGGGAACACCCAUGGCCGACUGGCCCACCACAGACUGCACCACCGCAACCUACUUCUACGAGCAGGUCGCGAUCUUCGAUACGACGUUGUGUGGUGAUUGGGCCGGAACCGGGUGGGAUACGACGGGCAUACCAGGGCAGGAUCAGAGUUGUGCGACGAGGACGGGGGUCAGUACGUGUGAGAGUUAUGUACAGAAUCAUGGGUCGAGUUUCGAUGAGGCUUAUUGGGAAGUGAAGAGCGUCAAGAUCUAUCAGACCUCAUAGAACCUUCUUCAGUCCUUCUCUUUCCGGCUCGUCUUCACACCUCUGUAUCAAUACUCGCCAUGGUCGCCUAUUAUUCUCCAGUAGCAUCAUCCAUUCAGGUCCAAGGCUCUACCAUUAUUCACGCAUUCACGCACAUACUUAUUCACGACAUCAACGAUCCCUUCCUUGCAUUCACCUUCAACUGAUCGAUCCAUUCAUCCCUCCUCGCACGUUCUCUCUUGGUAUAUUUGCUUUACUUCACUUUACUUAUCGGAGGUUUAUUGUCUUAUGGUUCACGUUCUCCCUCUUCCUUUGGGCUUGAAGCCCUCCAUAGUCCCGUCGCGCCUUCGCUUCUGGUGGAGGCGCGUCGUGGACUCACUUUCUUCCCCUGCUUUUCUGUUCUUGGGAUUUUGUGCAUAGUCUUUCUUUAUACUUCUCUGGUAUAUGUGUAUUUACUUAUGUCCAUAGAUGUCGUGGUGGUUGUGAAGGGCUCGUACAUACCGUAGUGUGAUCGGGACUGAUAGGGUUCGGAGAUGGGGAGAUGGUGGAGGUGCCGCCGAUGAGCCGGGAAGACGGGGUUGAGGGGGUGGUCUGGUUGGAGGGUGUUGGAUGCUAUGUUAUAUAGAUCGAGCUGCCACGAUUGUAAUGAUAGGAAUAAAUGGUGUUGAUU